AGGAGGUGCGUUCGCCCGUAAAUGCAACUUCCGCGUUUCCAACCAAAAGCUGCAGAGAAAAACGAUCAACUUGUGCUGUUUUUGCUUUUGUAAUAAUGGCAAGUGUUUUUUUGAGAACAAAUUUAAGGAGUUGCGUUGUUUCUCAGAUAAGGAUGAUGUCCGAUCAGCUCGGAGAGUUGGGCAAGGGAGCGGGGAGAGGUGGAGGUGGUGGAGGGUCUGUGAGGGAGGCAGGAGGGUCACUUGGAAAGCGAGGAGCAGCAGAAGAGGAGCGAUACUUCAGGCGGAAGGAAAUGGAGCAGUUGGCAGCACUGAGGAAGCAUCAUGAGGAGGAGAUCAACCAUCACAAGAAAGAGAUUGAGCGCCUGCAGAAGGAGAUUGAGCGCCACAAGGGCAAAAUAAGGAAGCUGGAAUAUGAUGACUGAAGCCAGUAAUAUCUUUUCCUCACACGAGUUCAGUCUUACUGUUAUGUAUCAUUACAGUUAGUCAUAAUCAUACACGGAUUGCUUGCAGAAAUAGGUUGAAACUUCAUACUGACAUAAUUACAAAUAAAAUCCCAAUAAAAGAUAACUUUGCACCUAUA